GAAGAAGAAGAAGAAGAAGAAGAAGAAGAAGAAAAAGAAACUGUCAACCCGGCUUAACCAAUGAAUGGAGACUGGGAGGAAACAUUGCCCGACACUCUUUUCUCUACAUUGAUUUCUGUCUCUGGGUUUGUAACUACCACGGUGUGAAGGCUGUGAAUGUUUUCCCAACACCGCUACAGUUCCACAGCUUGAAAAACCAGACCGACCACAGGCUAACCCUCCCCCCGCCUCCCUCGGGUUGCUCCGCGGUUACUUUCGGUCGUCAGUCUGUGUGUGGUUCGUACAGGCGAGAUACCCUGCUGAGAUGUCCGACAAUGGAGGCACGGCUAUUGGCCUUCUGUCUUACGAGACGUUGGUUCAUGCGGUGGCAGGUGCAAUGGGGAGUGUGACAGCUAUGAGCGUCUUCUUCCCUUUGGACACAGCCAAAAGUAGACUGCAGGUGGAUGAGAAGCGAAAGUCUAAGUCUACCCCGGUCAUUCUGGCUGAGAUAGCAAAAGAAGAAGGGCUUCUGUCUCUGUACAGAGGCUGGUUACCAGUCAUCUCCAGCCUCUGCUGCUCCAACUUUGUCUACUUCUACACCUUUAACACGCUGAAGAGGCUUAACGCAGCUGGACCGGGCAAGUCCAAACCCAGCACAGACCUGCUCAUGGGUGUCGCAGCAGGGGUGGUGAAUGUGCUCCUAACCACUCCCAUGUGGGUGGUCAACACUCGGCUGAAGCUGCAGGGGGUCAAGUUCAGGAACGAGGACCUCCAGCAGACCCACUACAGGGGCAUAUUUGAUGCCUUCUCACAGAUCAUUAGCAAGGAGGGACCACGAACUCUGUGGAACGGCACUCUGCCCUCUCUCAUCCUCGUCCUUAACCCGGCAUUACAGUUCAUGUUUUAUGAGGGGAUGAAGAGGAGGGCGGGGAGAGGAGGGAAGAAGAUUUCCUCAGCACAGAUCUUUCUUAUUGGAGCCAUUGCAAAGGCAGUUGCUACCACAGCUACAUAUCCUCUACAGACAGUCCAGGCCAUCCUGAGGUUCGGACAGUACAAAGGUGACGGUAAAGGCGGUGUGAUUGGAGGCAUCUCUAACAUUUUCGCUAUGCUCAUGGACAGAAUAAGGAGGUAUGGUGUUUUUGGUUUGUACAAAGGCCUGGAGGCAAAGCUGCUGCAGACGGUGCUGACGGCUGCACUCAUGUUCGUUGUGUACGAGAAGAUCACAGCUGCUACCUUCAAAGUCAUGGGUCUGAACAAGAAACUGAAGCACUGAACGUACAGACUACGUUGAAUACAGUACUGUCUUAAUACAUUGGCUUCAUUAGAUUUAAUCAAUGCCUAAGAAAUAAGUGUUCGUUACGAGAUGUUGUAAUCAGAGAUUGGAUUGGUGCCUUUAAAUAGCCACAGAUUCUCACACUCAACCAAAACAUGCAGCAUAAGCAGGUCAGGGUGUAUUACCUCUAAUCCCCUCUUUUUCUUAACCUGUAGCUGGUUCUUUUUUGCAGAUUGACCUUAAUAUUUUGCCACGGAUAAUUAUCUUUUGAAGUGGUCCAAGCGACUUACAAGAGCUCAUUUUAAUUUAAAUUCAGGGCAAAGAGAGGCAGAUAUCAGAAGCUUAAAUGCAGUGCUGAAGUGGCUCCACUUUAGAUGAAAUAUUGCAGGCAAAUUAAUGAGUGCUUUGCUUUGAACAAUGUCAUCACUUCUAAAGAGAUUUAUCUGCGGUUGGUUGAAACUAUAACUCGUGAAAUUUAUGAAAAAUAAUAGGAUGUAACAAAUCACUAACUUUGUCUAACACAGUGAUUCACUUUCUUGUCUAGAAUAAAAUUUUGACAAGACUGAUAUCACUCUCAAUGUGACCGAUGAUGCUUUUAAUUAAGAAGCUAACAUGAGCUGCAAGCUAACUUAGACUUUACAUAAAGGCUGUAAAUGGAGUUGCAAAGCUAGUCUGGCUGCCUUGGCACAAAGGUACAGGAAAUUCACCCACAAGCAACCCAUUAAGCAGUAAAAUGUUUCAUGUAGUUUGGUAUAUUUUUACAGAAUCAAAGUGCUGAAAACAUUGGCUGUAAAUAGAAAGGAUAACAUGCCUUCAUUUAUACCAAUUGUUAGCUUUGAAGCUAAAAUACCGUCUCAAUAGACGCUGGUGACGCUGAUGCUGGCAGAAAAGACCUGGCUGGUUGAGUGGUGGGACUGACUUCACACCCCCUCUGCUAACCCUAAUGCGUGAUGUUUAACUUACUGAUAUAAUGCUGAAGAUCCCUCAGGUGGGUAAAGUCUACAGCAGGAAAAAAAAGUGAAAAAUGUCAGCACUCGCAGUAAAGCUUAAAGCUGCUGUCAAUUUCUAAAAUUAAAAGUUUUUAACUGAAUUGGGAGUGCUGACAUUUUUCAACUUUUUGUCCUUUUUGGGUCAGCACCGGGUAAUUUUUUGAGUAGUUUCGAGUGAGCAUGCCAUUUCUUUGUCUUCUGUCCAUCAUGAUCUUCUUAACAUCAACUAAUGACUGAAAACAAAACUUGUCAGAAGAUGGAACAUAAAUCAGCAUCAUCAGAACUAACUAUAAAAACAGACACUAUGUUUGAGAAAAAUGUAUUUACAUAUAUUUAAAUUUUCUAGUUUGACCCAUGUUCCAAUGGUUUAUGACUUAUACUACAGCUAGUCAGUAGGGGGAGCUCUGAACCUUUUGGCUUCACUGUCAGUGAACACUUCUGACGUCUAUUUCAAUAUACAGUCUAUGUUUUGACCCAGUUGUGAGGCAACUCUUGACAGCUCCAGGAAGUGACCACUUUGUUCCAAACUUAAUUUAAGCAAAACCAAAUUCCCAUAUCAUGUCAAGUACAAUACAUGAUCGAAAUAUAGUACAAAACAAUUACAUAUGAAUAAAUAAGAGAUGUAGACAACACGUAAUGCAGUUAAAGAAAAUGUACAUAAAAUGUAAGUAUUGAAAUUACACUGUGAUGAUAAUCCAACUGUAGAAAUAUCUCUAAAUAGUUGUAUGAAAUCAGAUAUUAGGUUCAUGCGGUUAGAGUGUUUAAUUAAUUACUUGACUCGUUUAGAAAAUCAAUUAUUUUUUUCAGAUUUAAACCUCAAGAAAAAAGUGGAAAAAAAUAUUAGCCAAAUGUGUCGCUUUUUCUUUAACAUCCGGUGUUUGAUGCAGAUGUUAAGACCAAUAUCGCGCCCUCUUACAUUAGUGGCACUUCGACUGAAGCCACUGGACGAUUCUCCACACACCCUGUUUUAUGUGUUUACUGUGCACAGAGAGAGGUUUAUGGGAACCUCAUGAAAUUCCUGCCAGAUUGACUUUUAUUUCUUUCUUUAUAUUGUGCAGGCCUGAUCUACGCACAGAGUAGCAGUUCUAAAAGUAGUACAGGGCUUUCAUUUAUAUUCACAGACCUGUGUGUAAAAUCCCAAGCCAUAAAAUCCUUUGAUUUGAGCGAUUAAUAUGUAUUGUGUAAAAAAACAAAUUAAAAGUGAGCUAACAAGUAUUUAACCCCACACAGUUUGAGUGUUCAAAUACUGCAGUUGGUACCAAGUGCCUCCAAACUCUCAUAAAGUAACUGCUCUCUAAUCUGCUGUAUGUGCUUUAAUGACUGUUGAUGAUUUACAUGGACCCAUGCUGCACUUCACUGUGUACUGUCCUCAUGAUUGUAUUGGUGUGUGUAUAAACAUGUAGUCACACAGGUGUCUUCCAAUACAUACCUCUGCAUCAUGCUUUGUGUAGAGCAGUAAGGGCUUUUUUUAUUUACAGUAUUUGUUUAUUACAGUAAUAUUUCUGUAUUGUUGACAUAUCUGCUGCCUAGGAGCCAUCUCAGUGGAUUCAUUCCUCUUUAUUUCUGUUGAAAUGUUUAACAUGUGAAGUUAAACCAUGACUAGCUGUUUACCAAUCCUCACUGGUAACUGUACCUUUUAAAGAUCACAGACUUUUGAUUGUUCAUUGUAUCAACAGCCUCCUUAAAUGUAUGUUUACUGUCGCUUUGUGUGAAGAGCACAUGGCAGAACUGAUUUAUUCUAAUUAAGAUCACCUGAAAUUAAGCUUUCACAUGUGUCAGGUGGACUAAACCCAACUAGUCUUGAUUAAGACUUCUAGGUGUGGAUAAAAACUGAGUUAAAAAUGAAAUGAAACUAACAAGAAGGAAAAUAUCAAAAUCGAAGGAUGACAGAAAAAGCAGCCAUCUCUGAUCAAAGACACUGACAUGAAGUAAGGGAGUCAUGAUGACCAAAUGAUGUUUAU